GCCAAAACUAGUACUGCGCAUGCUCAAACAUGUCUGCGCCCUUGGUGCGGUAGUGUCACAUUUAGGAGUCAGAAAAUUGAGGUUUUGUCAGUUUAUACUGAAGGCGCUGUAUUUAUAAAAAUGCUCAAGACAUCAUUUCAUCGAGGCAUAGCUAUACCUGGGCUAGAGCAUUCUGUACGUUCACUAUUUGAAAUUGAACUUCCUUCCAGUCGUCAUGGCCAUCGUUUGCUUUCUAGCAGUUCAUCUGUCUGCGGAAAAGCUGUUCCAAGGAAAAAGCCUAAAGAAAACAUAGAAAUAAACGGCCUUGAAAAGAUCACAUACGCCGAGAGAAUGCACUAUGUUCCUGUGUUGGCGAAACCAAUAUUUCCACCCUGGAAGCCCAACCACAAGGACCCUCUUCAUCACAGGUCAUCUAGCCACGAGGAAAUGCCACUGUAUAAAGACAAAUCCUGCCAUGUAUUCCAUCAACGCACAAAGUUAACGGAAGGUGUAAAACAGUCACUCUGGCUGACUAAAUCCAGACUAGUCAAAGGAAUACCUGCUCAGAUCAUGGCACUUGCGGAUGAUCCAAGCAACCAGAUUGAGAAUCAGGAUGAGAGGGUGCAGAAUGCCAUCAAACACGCACGGUUCUGGGACACCACAGAGCGUCGGCCUGAAAGAGAACGGUUUUGCCCCACGCUCCUCAACAGCCUGAUUUACAUGUGCAGACUGCAGCAAGGCAAACACCCUGGUCUUGGACAAAGGCUUCUGAGCCAGGAUUACAGUUUGUCUGCUUCAUGGCACAGAGGUGAGAAUCACAUCCAGGUGCGGGGGAAGAAUGGGAUGUUGCUCAGCAGUAUGUCCCCGUUGCCUGCCAUAGCUGAGAGGGAUGAGGUCCAGGCCACAGCAGACACAGAACUGGAAACCUUCUACCCCAUCUCCCCAACGAUUGACCUCCAGUGCAUCAACGUCUAUGACGUGAAGACGGCCACCGGUUUCAGCGAAGGCUAUCGCUAUCCGCAUGGUCACACGCUGUUCUUUGCCCACUUGUUGGAUGGCCACCAUGAGGAGCUGCGGGCCAAGAUGGUCAUGUUUGCCUUCGGAAACGCUCUAGCUCGGGCCAGGGCCCUGUACGGGGCUGAGCCCCAGGUCCUGGAGAAGCCAGUGGUGCUGCAGAGUGUUGGCACAAACGGCCGCCUCUUCCAGUUCAUGGUGUUUCAGUUGAACACCACAGACCUGGCCUCCGACGACGGUGUGAAGAACUUGGUCUGGAUAGACGAAGACCAACCUCUGUAUGAAUUUGCUAAGGUCCGGCCACUCAUCAAGAAGAAAGUUGUAGAGGUGCCUGCUGGUCUGGCUGGAUAUAACCCUGACACGUUCAAGAAGUUCCUGGCAUUCUACCUGCAUGGUGCAGUCUGAGCCCAGGAAAGUGAUCGUCCCCUCAAAGCUAUGGUGUCUUGUUCAUCGAUGUCUCUCUUCACCCAGUAAAUAAAGCCCAUCCCAAAGUUGAAACUCUA